GAAAGGACAAGAUCCUGGAUACAGGCGGAUGAAAUGAAUUUCCUCCGCAGGGUGGCUGGGCGCUCCCUCAGAGAUAGGGUGAGAGAUAGGGUCACUCCGGAGGAGCUCAGAGUAGAGCCGCUGCUCCUCCACACUGAGAGAAGUCAGCUGAGGUGGUUCAGGCAUCUGUUCCGGAUGCCUCCUGGAUGCCUCCCUGGGGAGGUGUUCCAGGCAUGUCCAACAGGGAGGAGGCCCUGGGGAAGACAUAGGACACGCUGGAGGGACUAUGUCUCUCGGCUGGCCUGGAAAUGCCUCGGUAUUCCCCCGGAAGAGCUGGAGGAAGUGUCUGGGGAGAGGGAAGUCUGAAUCAGGAAUCUAAAGUGAAUCAGGACUGAUUCAGCCCAUGUUGUCUUUCAGUGUAAGACGUGUGUUUUCCUUCUGUUGAUAAUCUUACACAGAAUUAUAAGGAUUGUGGGAUGAUUCAUAUUUAGUAAAUAUUAAGUUAAAACCGUGGAAUAUUGAGUCUGAAUAACAACAACUCUCUCUUUGUCUCUCUCUCUCUGUGCGCAUGCACGAGUGGGUGAGUGUGCGUAUGAAGACGGAGCGUGUGAGCGUGUAGUGAAGUGUGUAUUUGUGUUUGUAUCAACAUUAACAUGAAACACUUAUUGCACAAAGCUAAACCUUACAAACUAUUAAUGAGCAUGCUAUGUUUAUACAAAGCUAAACCUUACAAACUAUGAGCAUGCUAUGUUUACACAAUUACAAUGACAGGGAACAGAGGCCCCUCUACUGUGUAAAGUACAAAUACUAGUGUAGAAAAACAGGUAAAGGGUGUGUACAUUAGAUCAUGUGUCAAGGAGCACACCUUCACUCAUGCGUCAGAAAGAAGGCUGCUGCCUCAGCUUGAGCAGUGCUCUAUGGUUGAGUGAGUCUUCAUAGUUGGAUGAAAUCAUUGGAACAUAAUACAGUGUGAUUUCCUGAACCACUAUGGCACCAUCUUGGAAAAAUCCCAAGAGUUCAGUCAAGGAAGGAGCUGUUUGCUUUGUGCUGGGAGCAGUGGGAGGAUGUGCACUAGGAGCCACGGUGACUCCAGUAAAUCAGGUCAUGACUGAGAUAAUUUCAGGUUCACUGCUGAAACCAGUCAUGGAUGGAGUGAGGACUGUGGGGCCAUUGGGUUUGGGGACAUUACUGGGAGCGACUGCAAUAUCCACAACAAUGGCCUCAGGUGCAGCAGGAGUGACUGUAGCUGCUUUAUUUACUUUGCUGCUUAUAACACAAAUGAAAAAUGUGUCUACGUGUGGAUUUGUGUGGAUUGCAGCUGGGGUAACUGCGACAUUUACCACAACAUCCUGUGGAGCACUGCUUGGGUUUAUUAUAGAGAAACACAUCAUGAAAUCUGGGGUGGUGGCACUAGUCUGGGCUCUAGGGAUAUUCACUGUGCUGAAAGCAUUCAUUCAUAUUGUUGUACAACUGGCACUCAGAAAAUGGUUGUGCUGUAGCAUCCUCACCACUCAGAAUUGCUCUGAAGAGCAGUGCUGCGAGACACUGGAUAUUUUGCAGUCUGAGCAGAGAGAAAAAGUCACUGUGGAGAUUGAAAAGAUAAUGAUUGCCUUUGAGACAGAAAAAAGCUUUAAUGGAGAGAAUGUGGAAGAUUUCAGAGCUGCCUGCCAGGCCCAGAGAUUGAGCAGAGAGGAAAUGGAGAAACAACAAAAGAAAACAAGAGAACUGACACUGGAGCAAAAGAGCAUUCAAGAGCGUCUGACCAAAAUUGUAGACAAGUAUAUGGAGUUUCUGACAUUCUCCAGCAUUCCUAUGACGGUGACUGCCGCUGUAACUGCUGGCUUGGGAAUCCUUGGAUUUGGAGGCUACAGAUUUGUUUUUGUUGUCCUGUUAGUCCUCAUCCUAUGCAUGGCCUACAUGUUAACUAGGCUGAUGAAUUUGAACUUCUGGAUGCUCACAGCCUGUGUAGGAAUGUUUGCCACAUUCGCCAUAGCUGUGCUCACAGUGCAUGCAGGACAGGAUGUACUGGAGAUGUCUGUAAGAAUGCGAAACGCUGGACAGGUCCUAAGUAAGGAGAGUAUUGCUGAUAAGAUGCUCCAUAAUUCUGCACUAGAAGCCAUAACAUCAGGGUUUUUUGUAUCCAAAAUGUUCCAGAUUGCUUUAGGUGCUACUGUUGGAGGUCCAUUAGAUCAGAAAGUGUUGAAUAAAGUUAUAGUUGGAGCAUCUGUUACAACAGUAGCCCUUCUUUCAGUAGUUGAAGCCUGGUCAGUAGCUCUUGGGAUUGGUGGUGUGACAGGGGCAUUGCUGGGAGCACUUGGGGCAGCUGGAGUGUCCAUGGGGGCAGCUGUAGCUGUAGCAAUUCAUUGCUCCUCAUGGACAGGAACCAUAAGCACCACAGCUGGGAUGCUAUGUGGGGGUUUAGUCAUUGGAAAUUGGGACAUCACUAAUAUUGGAGUGCAAGUACUUGUAGCAUACAUCUUUGCUAUGAUAAACUGACUUUAUUAUCCUUACCAAAUGAUUUCUGGUGUAAGGACUGAAGAUUUUAACCACAACUUAAUGAAUGGUACUUAAAUGUGAAAUCCAUCAGCUGCUGCUCAUCGUGGUGCUGCUGUGGUGCAAUUCUGAAUGGCUGUUAAACAUUAUUUCCAGUAGAUAAAAAAAAUUCAACCAGCGAAAGAGUAGUUUUCAGUAAUCUGUGCCCAGUACAUUUUACCACUGUACAGUGAUUCCUUUUUUAAUUUUUUUUUGUGCUAAACAUAAAUGCCAUAUUUUGUAUGUAGAACGAUAUAUUAAAUACGUUUUAUAAAUGGUUUUAAAUAUAUGGACUAAAUCUUGUUUGUGAUUUUGUGAUUGACACAGAUGAGAUGUCACACACAGGGAGACAAUGAAGAGAAAGAGAGAAUGAGCAUGCCCCAAAGGUCACACUGUUUGAGCGUAAAGACUGACCAACUGAUAACACAACAAUUUGCUGCUAUUUUUCCUUUUUUUCAGUUCUUAUUUCACUUUUAACACAUUUAUUUACAAAUGUGUCCCACACAUAUUGUUACCAUUGCAUUUUAACUCUAUUACACAUGCAUAACAUCUUUUUUGUAAAUAUAUGCAAAUAAAUAAAAGGAGACAUUUUAUAAUUUAUUUUAAAUAAUCAAAAAUUCAUACAAACCCAAGUUUCCACAGUAACACCUCAUGUGCCAGUUAGCUAAAUUACUAACACUUGUUUACUAUAUUUUGUCCUGCAUGUUUACUACAAGCUGUUUUUUUACCUGUCGAAAGUACAAAUUCAGAAGUUGUGUCUAAAUGCACCAAAAAAAAAAAACAAAACCCAAAAACCCACAGGAUUACCCCAGUUCAUUGACUCAGAUAGUCUUUGCACAUCACAAGCUGGAAAGUGGUAGCUAUAAAAAAAUAGCU